AUGGUGCACUACGCGCCCGCGCCGCGCCUGCGGGCGAUGUCCGGGCCGCGCACCGCCGCCGCGCUGGCGCACCUCGUGGCCACGGUGCUGGACGCGCAGGUACCACUACUGUGUGAACUAGGCGCGUGCCUGUCGCUGGUCCGCAAGAUGGUGCACUACGCGCCCGCGCCGCGCCUGCGGGCGAUGUCCGGGCCGCGCACCGCCGCCGCGCUGGCGCACCUCGUGGCCACGGUGCUGGACGCGCAGGUACCACUACUGUGUGAACUAGGCGCGUGCCUGUCGCUGGUCCGCAAGAUGGUGCACUACGCGCCCGCGCCGCGCCUGCGGGCGAUGUCCGGGCCGCGCACCGCCGCCGCGCUGGCGCACCUCGUGGCCACGGUGCUGGACGCGCAGGUACCACUACUGUGUGAACUAGGCGCGUGCCUGUCGCUGGUCCGCAAGAUGGUGCACUACGCGCCCGCGCCGCGCCUGCGGGCGAUGUCCGGGCCGCGCACCGCCGCCGCGCUGGCGCACCUCGUGGCCACGGUGCUGGACGCGCAGGUACCACUACUGUGUGAACUAGGCGCGUGCCUGUCGCUGGUCCGCAAGAUGGUGCACUACGCGCCCGCGCCGCGCCUGCGGGCGAUGUCCGGGCCGCGCACCGCCGCCGCGCUGGCGCACCUCGUGGCCACGGUGCUGGACGCGCAGGUACCACUACUGUGUGAACUAGGCGCGUGCCUGUCGCUGGUCCGCAAGAUGGUGCACUACGCGCCCGCGCCGCGCCUGCGGGCGAUGUCCGGGCCGCGCACCGCCGCCGCGCUGGCGCACCUCGUGGCCACGGUGCUGGACGCGCAGGUACCACUACUGUGUGAACUAGGCGCGUGCCUGUCGCUGGUCCGCAAGAUGGUGCACUACGCGCCCGCGCCGCGCCUGCGGGCGAUGUCCGGGCCGCGCACCGCCGCCGCGCUGGCGCACCUCGUGGCCACGGUGCUGGACGCGCAGGUACCACUACUGUGUGAACUAGGCGCGUGCCUGUCGCUGGUCCGCAAGAUGGUGCACUACGCGCCCGCGCCGCGCCUGCGGGCGAUGUCCGGGCCGCGCACCGCCGCCGCGCUGGCGCACCUCGUGGCCACGGUGCUGGACGCGCAGGUACCACUACUGUGUGAACUAGGCGCGUGCCUGUCGCUGGUCCGCAAGAUGGUGCACUACGCGCCCGCGCCGCGCCUGCGGGCGAUGUCCGGGCCGCGCACCGCCGCCGCGCUGGCGCACCUCGUGGCCACGGUGCUGGACGCGCAGGUACCACUACUGUGUGAACUAGGCGCGUGCCUGUCGCUGGUCCGCAAGAUGGUGCACUACGCGCCCGCGCCGCGCCUGCGGGCGAUGUCCGGGCCGCGCACCGCCGCCGCGCUGGCGCACCUCGUGGCCACGGUGCUGGACGCGCAGGUACCACUACUGUGUGAACUAGGCGCGUGCCUGUCGCUGGUCCGCAAGAUGGUGCACUACGCGCCCGCGCCGCGCCUGCGGGCGAUGUCCGGGCCGCGCACCGCCGCCGCGCUGGCGCACCUCGUGGCCACGGUGCUGGACGCGCAGGUACCACUACUGUGUGAACUAGGCGCGUGCCUGUCGCUGGUCCGCAAGAUGGUGCACUACGCGCCCGCGCCGCGCCUGCGGGCGAUGUCCGGGCCGCGCACCGCCGCCGCGCUGGCGCACCUCGUGGCCACGGUGCUGGACGCGCAGGACGAUGAUGACGGUCACCUGACCGUGCUGGCCAUUGCUGAAGAGCUGAUGGUGAAAGCGACCGACAUAUACUUGGAACAGUUCGCAAGACUCGGUGUCUUCAGCAAAGUGGAGGCUUUAGCUUCUUCACAUCCAGCGCCUGUUGACAGUGAUGGCGCCGUUAUCGCUGCGGGAAGCGAAAGGAGCGCGCUGGAUAGCGACAAGAGCAGCGACGCGGCCAGCCUGAGUCACAACACGGCGUACUCGUGGGGCGAGUGGUCGCUGUGCCGCGGCCGCGACGCACUCUAUCUGUGGAGCGAUGCGGCCGCGCUGGAGCUGAGCACUGGCUCCAACGGCUGGUUCCGGUUCCUGUUGGACGGGAAGCUGGCCACCAUGUACUCCAGCGGCAGCCCCGAGCACCAGACUGACAACACAGAAAAUCGUGGAGAGUUCAUCGAUAAAUUACGAAGAGCGAGAGCGUCAGUGAAAAAUACGGUGCCUCAACCUAUUUUAUCUAAAUCGGGAUCAACCAAACUGAUUCUUGGCAAUUGGAUGUUGUCUUGUAAGAAGGAAAAGGAGCUUCUCAUACACAAUUCAGAUGGACAGCAGCAGACAACAAUACUUAAGGAAAACCUGCCAGGCUUCAUUUUUGAGUCCAACCGAGGAACAAAGCAUUCAUUUACAGCAGAAACAUUUUUAGGUCCGGAUUUGGCUAGUGGUUGGGUUGAACGUCGGGCAACAAAUGUCAGUAAUGGCAAUGCGGUCCAAGGAAGAACUCGCCUUUCUGCUAAGGUUGAAGCUCAGAAAGCGCAGGUGGGCGAGCGGGCUCGUGCGUUGUACUCGCGCCACCUGUCGAGCGCCGCGUGUCGCCAGCCGCGCGCGCCCGUGGCUCAGUUGCGGGCGCUGCUAGCGUUGUUACAUCGCAUCGCAACUCAUCCUAAGGGUGACUGGAAAAAGGAGUUAAAGGAAACAUUGGACCAAUUGGGUGAAAUGUUGUGUGGAGAGGAACUUUUGUCUGCAUAUGAGUUGCAGUCAUCUGGCUUAGCUCCUGCUCUUUUACAAGUUCUCACAGCUCAGCCAAAUGAUGUUCCGGGACAGCUAGCGGAACGCGAGCGUAUCGUCCGCCAAUGGGUGUGCGAGGGCGAGUCCCCCGGCGCCGCGGUGGUGGCGCGGCUGGUGGCCGUGCUGGAGAGUGUGGAGCGCCUGCCCGUGCUGGCGCCCGCGCCCGACGGCCCGCACGCGCACCCCGCCGCGCUGCACCACCUCACCAAGAGGAUCAGAUUACGCGUUGAGCGAGCCAGUGAAGAUACGUCAGAGGACGUGGCUAACAACAACUCGACUCGUAACCUUAAGGUGGAAGCUUUGACGACUGUCAGACAACUAGAGAAAUUCCUCGCGAAGUCUGUUGCGCGCCAGUGGUACGACAUGGAGCGCUCGACCUACAACUUUGUGCAAAAGAUUAAGACGGAGGCACCUAUAAACUUUAUUUAUGAUCACGAUUUCGAUGAAAAUGGGGUGUUCUACUUUAUUGGUACUAAUGCUGGUACUUCCGAGUGGGUAAACCCCGGUGCACACGGUCUGGUGAGCGUGUGGUCUUCGGAUGGCAGACAGCUGCCGUACGGAAGAGCUGAAGACGUCCUAUCAAGGUCUCCCGAACCUUUGAACGUGCACACCAACGAUGAUAGAAGAGCAUUCGUUGCGAUUGACCUGGGCUUACACAUCGUGCCUACUGCGUACACGCUGAGGCAUGCUCGUGGAUAUAGCAGAUCUGCGCUUAGAAACUGGCUGUUCCAAAUGUCUAUGGACGGAGUGACGUGGAGCACACUAGUGGUACACAAUGACGAGCAAGCGCUACAAGAGCCAGGCAGCACGGCCACGUGGUGGGUGCGGGGAGACACGCCCUACCGCUACCUGCGCAUACAACAGAACGGCAAGAACGCGUCUGGCCAGAGCUACUACCUGUCGCUCUCGGGGCUGGAGCUCUAUGGCAAGGUGGUGAGCGCGGCGGACAGCGCCCCGCGGCAGCUGUGCGGCUCCGCGUCGUGCGUGUCGCCGGGCGUGCGCACGCGGCGCGUGUCGCGCGCGCGGCCGCUGUGUGCGGGCGCCCGCGUGGCGCGCGGCCCCGACUGGAAGUGGCGCGACCAGGACGGGCCCGGCCCGGCCAUGGGCACCGUCACCUCCGACCUGCACAACGGAUGGGUGGACGUCAGGUGGGAUCACGGCGGUCGCAACUCUUACCGCAUGGGGGCCGAGGGAAAGUUCGAUUUAAAAUUGAUUGGCACGUACGAAGCGCCACGAUCUCGUAAGAGUCACUCCACGCCGAGCCUUCCAGACGCUACCAAUAAUGAUAAUCAGGUUAGUCACUAAAUAAUCCUCUAUAACCUUUUGUAU